UGCUGGACCUGCUUUUCAUCUCCUGCCGCAUCAAAGGCUCAUUUCGCUCGAGGCUCUGAGAUGAAGUGACCCGCUGCACCUGUACAUCAACAUUAAAGCCUUUUCUACCCACAUUCAAACCAUUGCAAUGAAAAAGAGCAACCCGAUUGCGCUGGACCGGCGCGAUAUUCAUUCCCUGCUGGAUCUAAUCGGUGGGUACGGUGCUGUGGUCGCCGCGGGGAUCAUUGCCAUGCUGUCGGUGUUCGCGGCGUUCUUCAUUUACCGAUCCGUUAGAGGUCAGCGCCGGAAGGAUGGCGAGAAUAACGGGAAGGAAACGACAGCAGCAUCGGAAGGGAGUUUGGCUCGGAAGAGGAGGAAAGAGAUAGAAAAUCAACCUACCGAGUCAACAGUUGAGCAUCAGGAUGGAAAACUGAAUAAGGGUUGCAGUGAAUUCAGAGGCGAUAUAAACCUCUCAGUCACCAACAACAUACUCCUUCCUACUGAGAAAGACCUGAAUGAAGCCACUUUCAAGGACCUGGAAGAAAUUACAGAUGAGCUCCUAACGGAAUUAGAAGACAAAACGGAUUCUGAUCUGGAUCAAUGCAUGGAAAUGGAUCCUGAUGAGCCUGACGAUAACACUGAAUGUGAGGAUAAUUUUCAACACAAGGAUGACCAUGAAGGAUGUGAGGAGAAUGCCUGUAAGAAUUUGGCUGAUGUGAGUGUACGGUCCACCCAGUGUGAGGCCAAUGAGUCUGACGAGUCUGAGAAGGGGCCGGGUGGAGAUGCAGAUGAGCCAUCUGAAACUGAAAGUGCUCAAGAGAUCAUUAAUCAGAGACAUCAAGAUGUCCCUACUUGUAAACCUCAGGAAGAUUUGCUAGAUCAUACCUACACUAAUCAAAGCAAUUCUACUCAAGUCCAAGUCAUGGACCAAUCCAAGCAUGGUAGGAUCCAAUUUGAAGAAGGCAAUAAAACCGUGUCAACGGUGGGGGAAGUGGAGAACGCAUACAAAAAGCUUGAAGAUCAUCACGAUUGCCGUUUUCCUCACACAAAUGACUUUGAUUGCUGUUGCGGUGUUAAGCAGACAGAUACGGCGGACAAAAUGAAGAACCAGCCAUGGUUUUGCAGUGGAUGCUACUCCAAAGAUGCAAUGAAAUAUCACUACCAAGAACACAGAAACAGGGUUUGCUACCACAAUGAGCCCUUGCACCAAAACUUCCUGGGUUUCCACACUGGUAAUACCUUCAUCGAUGGAUCUUUCACAAAGGCCUGCCUCUCAAGCGAGUCCAGUGAGAAGAAAGUGGAUGAGAAAGGUGCAUCAAUGGCAAAAAAACAGGAAAAGAAUGAGAUUAGUAUCAUGGAUGCCAUUAUGGACAACAACGAGUGGCUAAAUGUAGGUGGGCCAGAGUUGCGAGAUCUUCCUUGGCUAACGCCGGCUGCGACUUGUUCUCCGUUGUCUAUUGACGAAAAAUGCACACAAAGUGAAAACGAUGAGUUUGAAACGAUUGUCACACUGGGGCAAGUCAACACUAGUUUAGUCGAAGAAGAAGAUGACGACUUGGCAUAUAAAAGAGUCGCAACUGUUCCGCCUUUGCCACAACCGGUUAACGUCACCUUCAGGAUUCACUACAUCACCUACUCUCCAAGCCAGCUGGUCGCUGUUACUGGGAGCCUGCAGGAGUUGGGAGCCUGGGAGAGCUUUGUUCCGCUCAGCAGAGCCAAGGAUGGGUUUUGGUCCAACACCAUCACCCUCCCCAUGGAGAGCCAACUGGAGUGGAAGUUUGUCCUGGUAGAGGACGGAAAGAUCUGCCGCUGGGAGGAGUGUGGAAACCGCUUUCUUGUUUUAGCAAGGCAAGGUGAAGAGGUCUAUCUUGAUGAGUGCUGGGCAUGUUCUUGAUCUCAGAGGAGAUUGUCUCCUUUCAACUCUAUACAGCAAUAAUAAUCCCUAGUGCAUUACUUGGAUCCAAUAUGUAAGGUUAUAUUGUAAUGUUAUUAAUGAAUUGUUCUGAUAAAGCAUGAGGCUGUGGAACUGUUACUAUAGUAAUACGAUUAUACGAUUACUAAUAUGCAUUUUUUUAACCUUAAUAAAUAAUGUGCUUAUGGGUUGAUUGUAUCCAGUUGUAUUGAAAGUGUCUGUCAUUGAGACUAUAACCCUGUUACAGCAACAUACCAAAAUAUUGAAAAUCGACCCAAAAAAAAAAAAAGUCUUGUUGGUUAUUCCAUUUAUUUAGCCAAAUUUCAGAAAUGUCCCUGGCUCAAAAUAUAGUUUUUUGUCGGGAGCAUCUUUAGUUGAUUCAUACCAGAUUUUGUGCAAAUUAAAUGGCUUGGAUAUUUAAAAUAAAGCAAAGUGGGAGAAACUGUUUCUUGUGGAAAUGAAUAUGCAUGUGAGCAUUUCAUUUGGGAUCACUAAAUAAUUCGGAAGAUACAUUUAUUUUGAUUCUAGCCCAUACGGUUCCAGAGUUGUUAAUGUGCUAUUUAUAGUGCCAACUAGUGACAGAUGGAUAUGUGUGAGCACCUGAGUAGUCU